GAUGAUGCUAGACUGCAAGAAAGUAUAGUCACCUCUUGCCGUGCUGUUGGUAGAGGAACGAACUCUUCACCCGUCAUAGUCUCUCUUCCAGCACUGGCUAAAGCAUGCAUCUUUAGUCGGAAUGAACUAGUGAAACACGUUAGUGGCAGCAAAUUCAGCCACUCUGACUCUACCAAGACAUGUGCAGUUACUCAGUUAUCGGGAAUGGAUUAAGACCCGCUUUGGAUUAAAAGUCCACCAAGUUCUAGUUACCAAUCCGUUACCUUCCUUGGUUUUUUUAAAGCCUGACAACAAGUUCCUCGUACUUCCGGACCAUCUUGCUAAAGUGUUGUGAUAUCGAAAAUUACACCUGAUUCAUACAAUGGUGCAGUCAACGUUUACACAAGAAAGGAGCCAUUUCUCAAGAUUUUCGUUCAGAUCGUACAAACCAACAUGUUUCAGGUGUACAAGACUGUGCUUUACCAUAACAAUACUGAUGACUAUAAUAGGCAAAUACUGCACAGGAGUGGUUGGAACCGACCACCAUCAUCAACACAAUGGCCAUCAUCAUCCACACCAUCAUCAUCAUCACCACCAUAAUCAUCACAAUCUCCAUCAACAGCAGCGGUUAACUGAUCAGUUGAACAGGAUAAAACGGAUAACUGACUCUGACAUGGAAACGUUUCCUUACAAGAACUUCACUUCAAAACCAGCAAAACUUGACGAGUCGGCAAUUAUGUACAAGCCGAGCAAGUUUGAUGACAACGUUCACGAUACAGUGCAUGUUGACAUGCUGGAGAAUGGAACGCAAGUCGAGGAUACUUCAGAUGACAUCGGGAGAGGGACGAUUUUGAUGACUAAGGACCAACCAGAUCCAGAGACUGACAAUUUCAGCGGUUCUACAUCAAACCUUGUGAGGACUCAAAGGAAAAGUGUGACACCUGCCUCAAGAAGCAAAACCACGUCUCAUCAUAAAUCAAGUGAUGUGUCGAAGACCAAGUGGAAGGAGUCACGGGUGAAAUCCGACAAUUCGACGAUCCUGGAAGGACCGCACUUGCGGAGGAGUCGUAGGUCGUAUGUGAGGUUUCCACCCGGGGAGUCUCUCCCGGUUCAACAGCCUCGUAGUUUCUACAGUCAGGCACAGCGAAGGUUUGUCAGGUUUCCUCCAAACUCGGAUUUCCCAACAGGACCCUUCAGGCCUAGCAGACCUCUUGUUCCACCCCAUCCUGGUCACUGGGUGCCUCCUACUGCACCUUUUCAUCCAGGCUUUCAGCCACCAGUUCCAUCGAUGGGCCCAAGAAGUCCUCGGUUAGUUUUCAAAGACCCAGUUGAACCGGGGACCAUUCAAGCUUCGCUUUUCAAUCAAAAUGGCUUCCAAGAUUUGACUGCACCAGAAGAGAACAGAGGAAUUGCAGAUAUUUGGUCAGAGGCGAGUGAUUCAAAGACGAAAUGCAGCAGUGGCAGUUGUGAGUUCUUCCUGUCUUGCUGGAUGACGUCGGGCCUUAUCGAAGGCACAUGUGGCGGACUGCUGUAUGCUUGUUGUCAUAGGAACACCGCGAAAACAAGCGAGCACCAUGGACCUCUGGUGACCAACGACAUUCCAGUGCCCGCUAACUAUGGCCCAGUGGUGAACGACCCCCGCUGUGGUGUGUCUGUUGCUAAGCAAGGAGCUCAAAGGAGAAUAGUUGGCGGCGAUGAGGCUGGUUUCGGAAGUUUUCCUUGGCAGGCAUACAUAAGGAUUGGAUCCAGUAGAUGUGGUGGCUCGUUGGUUAAUCGGUAUCACGUGGUCACCGCCGGUCAUUGUGUAGCAAGAGCGUCAGCCAGACAGGUCCAGGUGACUUUGGGCGAUUAUGUAAUAAACUCUGCAGUGGAACCAUUGCCAGCUUACACGUUUGGAGUUAGAAAAAUCAGUGUUCAUCCGUAUUUCAAGUUCACUCCACAGGCGGACAGAUUCGACGUAGCAGUUCUAAGAUUGGAUCGACCAGUACAGUACAUGGCUCAUAUUGCACCGAUUUGUUUGCCAGAAAAAGGCGAGGAUUUCCUGGGUCAAUUCGGUUGGGCGGCUGGAUGGGGUGCAUUGCAAGCUGGUUCAAGAUUGAGGCCAAAAACGUUGCAAGCAGUGGAUGUGCCAGUCAUCGACAACAGAUUAUGUGAGAGGUGGCAUAAAUCAAAUGGAAUCAAUGUUAUUAUCUAUGAUGAAAUGAUGUGUGCAGGAUACAGAGGCGGUGGAAAGGAUUCAUGUCAGGGUGACUCAGGAGGACCUCUGAUGAUGGAGAGAACAGGACGAUGGUACUUGAUAGGAAUCGUCUCAGCUGGUUACUCUUGUGCUCAAAGAGGGCAACCUGGUAUUUACCACAGGGUAGCUCACACAGUCGAUUGGAUAUCAUACAUCAUCAAUUCAUAGAAAACAGAGAAAUCUUUCCUCGAUCCAACCACCUCAAAACUUCGCUUGACUAAACAUUUUUGUACCGUGUUUUAGUCAAGGAAAACACUUAAUGAAGUCUAGAAGUCAUUGACAUCACCCUGACAACGUUCAAUGGGUGAAUCACUUCAUCAAGCAAUGCGAUGUUAUCAAGAUUGUGUUUAAACCAAAUAUUGCCAGGAAUGCUUAGAGAAAGUUUGAAUACAUUGUUUUCUGCAAAAUAGUGAAGUGCCGGAUAUAUUUAAUAGAAUUGUCUUCGAAUGCUUUCGAGAGAGUUAGAAUACAAUUUGUUUUCUGUGAAAUAGUGAACUGCCGGAUAUAAAUUCAAGAGAAUUGUUUCCCGAUUUUACCACAUUUGAAGGAUUAGAAAAGAAUGAACUAUCUAUCCUAAAUGGUAUCUUGAUUCCAUGACCAAUGAUGCAUCCGGAAAACUGAAGAACUUUACAUAAAUAAGUCAAACAUGGGUAGAAUUAUCAAAUUUUUUAAUCAUUGAUUCAUAAUGAUUAGGUACUCAUGCUUCUAUGAUUCUCAAGCUCCGAGAAAGCCUCAAGUUCUUUCUAAAGCAGAAUAUAUACUUUAAUAUUAAUUUAUUUAUCUUAUAGUGUAGAACGACGGGAUUACAUUGAAUCUCAUAAAAUUUCUGAUGGUAGGAAUUUGUAUAGGAUAAUACUGUAUCUUGUAAUCAAUGUUUCCCUCAUUACUAUGAGAAUUCGAUAGAAUUUUUACUUUGAACAGAACAAAUCCUCUCUGUAUAUGGUAAAGUGACAGAUCAUCUCUAAUUAUCUCUUUAAUUUAAAAAAAACUUUAUUUCGACAUAAAACUGUAAUUUUAAAGCUUUGAUCCCAUAAGGUGAAUGAUAACCUCACUUGUCCACCGAUAAGAAGAUAUAAGAUUUUUUUUUGAAUAUAAACAUAUUGAUAAAACAUUUAUUUGAUAACAUAUCCCAAAAGGGAUUCUCAAGUCCAGGACCAUUCAAUAUAGCCUAAAAGUUGUGAAUAAUUGUUAUAAAUAUAGCAGUUAUACAGCAGCGCCAUUCUCCAUAAAUUAUGAACACCAACAGGUGAUUGUUAGAUUUCCAUAGUAAAUGUGGAUUUGAAAACUGGUGUCUAACUGACUACAAAAAAGACUAUUUAUAAUGAUCGCAUCAAAUAGACCAAACAAUUUUUCCAUACAAAUAGACCAAUCAAUUUUUCCAUAAUUUAUUGAAUUCAACUCACAUCUUCAUUUUCAAUUCUCUUAGUUUAUUUGUAAAGAUAACGCUCAAGAGGAUAUUGUAAGACUCUUUCUUUUAUAUUGUGUAGAAAUCUUGCAAAGUAUAAUAUUUCUCAGUCUCAGUUCAAUAGAGGUAGCUGGAAGCAGCAGAUUAAAACAUCAUCCUAUUAUUAUAGGUUGUAAUUGCAUAGAAUUAAUUCUAUGCAAAAACUCUGAAUAAUAAUCACCAAUAAGACUCUUAAUAUCUGAACAUUUAUACCAAUAUUCACUACAGAUUUAAAAAGAAAUGCUUGACCCACCCAUUUGAACGCUUUAAAAAUAAUGGAACCCAAUUUUAUAUUCGUCUCUAGUUUGAGGGACAACAAAAUCGGUGCAGAUAUUUUUUCUACGUUUUAAGAUUUUGAGUGAGAGUUACUUGAUAUCCACCUGACCGUACCGAUACACCUGCGUUUUUGCCUGUAUUUAAUGUUUGUUUAUACCAAAGACUGUGUGAUUUUGAAACUUUGCGUGGAGUGGGUACUAAACUAUCUGAACUCUCCUUCAUUGACGAGCUCUAUGAGCUGGUACGAUACAGGUAAUUCCAUAACUAUGGGCAGAUUUUGAAAUGUUCAAAUUUUUGGAAUAAUUUUAUUUUUUGUAAUUUAUAUGCGUAAUAUUUGUACAUUAUUUGUUGUAAAAAGCCAUAAAAUUUCGAUUGAAAAUCUA